AUGGAGAAUUCUACGGGAUGUUGCGCUACUGGCAACGCAGCACCAGAUCAGUACAAGCCCAAAGGUCGAUUUACUCGUCUAGGAGAACUAAAUGUUUACAUCUCCUCAGCAGGCCAAAACAAAUCCUCAAAGGAUGUGCUUCUUGUCCUUCCAGACGGCUUCGGGCUCGCUAAGCACAAUCUCAUCAUGGCUGAUUUGUUCGCUGAGCACCUUGGUGUGCAAACCAUCGUGCCAGAUUAUUAUGAGGGUGAUCCUCUUCCACUAGUGAUCUUGAAGUAUAAGCCCAUAUUUGGUGUAGCCAUUGAGGAUCAUGACUGGCCAGAGGAUAUCAAAACUCAAAUCCGCAACGUAAACAUCGAACAAUGGUUAACGAAGCAUCCUCACGAUCGAGUCAGUGAGCUUUUACGAGAUCUUGUCAUUGAAAUUCGGUCAGAUAAUCCUGACGCCGAGUUCUUGGGGGUCGGUUAUUGUUUUGGUGGGAAACAUGUUUUUCGGAUGGCAAAGCAGUACUUGAAAGUGGCAGCGUCAUUCCAUCCGAGUUACUUAACGCAAGAAGACGUGAAAGACAUCCAAGUCCCUGUGUAUGUGGGAUUGGCUGGGGACGACGAAAUGGUUCCAACUUCUCUCGCAGACGACCUGAAAUCCUGGACACACCAGGAGCGCGUCCAAGCCACUCUUGAGAUUUAUCCUGGUAUGUCUCAUGGCUUUGCAGCCAGACCAGAUACUCAAGAUCCGGCUGUUCGGACGCAAUAUGAACGAGCCUUGAAAACCGCUGUCUCUUUUCUUGGACGCUCAAUCUUGACACAAACUACCACAGCCUCAUAG